AUGCAGGAAAAGAGGCUUGAUCGUGCUGCAAUUCUGAAGCAUUAUCGAGCUCACGGCCCAAGGGCGACUUAUCUGGCUUCCAGCUGCGAUGUGACGCUGUCGACGGGCAAAAAGGCCAAGCUUGUCUACGUGCUUCCGAAGUACAAGUUGCACCUCGCAACAGACCGACAAGCCGACAUGCUUGCAGCUAUGCGUCUGGCCCUGGCGACAUCCGAGACAGAGGUCCUUCGGCUCUCUACAGGGCAGACAGUCGCCACAGUCGGCCAUGUUUUGUUUUUUCUGUGUGCAUGUGAAGCUCCAAACAUAAACCGUCGGCAGGUCCGAACGGCCUGCAGUCAUGAGAAGACGGGCACCUACGAUGUUUUCAGGCACAUGUAUCUCCGCCAGACAUUUACGGCUGUAUUCGUGACCGAGCAGGGGUCGGUGGUGGACACACAUGUGGAUUACGUGCGCUGCGGCGGCUAUACGGAACACUCUUUGUUCGUAGGCGGCCUCGUUAGCAAGGACGGCUUGACGCCUGUGCCGCAGGGACCAGAACACUCCCGGCCGAGCAAGAAAAGGAGGACGGGCUCCAAGGCUAAGCGGUCCGAAGCAACGAAACGGAUGCUCGCGCCGCCGGAGGACACAAAGAAAGAAGAGCCAGCCCCGACUGACAGCAUGAUGCCAUCAGGUGCCGAGCAGUAUUUGCCCGGCUUGGCUGCGGAUGCGAGCAAGGCGGCGUUCCUCCACUUCGCCGGUGAAAAGCACGCAGACGACGACCUCUGCUUGGCUGUGAAUGUCAGAGGGGCCCGAUGCAGACGCAGACGGAGCCAUGGCAAUUUCUGCAAGCAACAUGCUGACAGUGCGGCCAGCGAGGAGAAGGGCAAAGCGUUCUUUGGGGAAGUCGAAGACCAUUUUGCCCGGGCUGCGGCUGCAUUCGAAAGACAGCAGGUUGCUGAAGCAGUGGCCGUGUCUUUGCGUGAUUCGAAAGAGAUGGCAGAGAAGAUGGCAAGGAGCCGGCGAGUCAUCCAGAACCGCUUGGACAAGUUGCAGCUUGAUCGUGUGGAAACAGCAGCAGAUGGAUCCUGCCAAUUCGUGGCCUUGACGCUGUCCGCAGACAUUGCAAUGGACGCUUUUGCGUUUCGAACGCAGGUGGUGGGGUACCUGCGAAGCACUGCCACCUUGUUCAAGAACGACGUCGACAAGUCAUUCCCUUCAUUCGAAGCUUAUCUGGACUGCAUGGCCAGACCCCAAUCAUGGGGUGAUGACCUGACGCUGGCAGCCGCAUCGCACCUGCUACUGCGCAGGAUCCGUGUUGUUAGUGAUCAUGACCUUGAGGUGGAGCGGUUUUUCAGUCCGCCAGCCAUUAUCUCAAAAGAGAUCUGGGGCAGCGACAUAACCGUAUGUCACCUCAUGCAGAAUCACUACGAAGCCACUCGCCCGAAGGGCAGGGGCGCGAAGAGGGAGCUGUGA